CCCUCCCCCCACCUCGCCGCCGCGAUCGCCUCCCGCAAAGCCGCACCAACUCCGCAGCAACACGCCCCCCGAUGCUCCCCUCCCGCCCGCUCCGCCUUGUUUUCUAAACCAAAAAUCUCGCCUUUCUGUAAAACUAGAUUUCCCCUUGCUAAUUCGGGUAUUAUACCGCCGGCUAAUCACACUCCACCCGCUGUCGCCCGCCCCCUUGUUUAUAAGCCCAGCCCCCCCUCCCUUGCCUUCUUUGUCGGUCGCCUUUGUGGGAUAGAGUCGCCGAGAGAGACCGCCGGAGGAAUUUUCGCUGCUGGUGGUGCGGGAGAGGGAGGGAUCUUGGGGGAAUUCGGUGUGGGGGUUGUGGUGUGAGGAGGAGGAGGGAUGGAGAUGCCGGGAGGGAGCGGCGGGGCCGGCGCGCUGGCCAGGCAGGGGUCGAUCUACUCGCUGACGUUCGACGAGUUCCAGAGCGCGCUCGGCGGCGCCGGCAAGGACUUCGGGUCCAUGAACAUGGACGAGCUGCUCCGCAACAUCUGGACGGCCGAGGAGUCCAACGCCAUCGCGGCCACCCUGACGCCGGCCACCACGGCCGCCCCGGCGUCCAAUGUCGACGCCCUGCCCCAGCCGCCGCCGCCGCAGCCGCUGCAGCCGCAGCAGCAGGCCAUCCUGCGCCAGGGCUCCAUGACGCUGCCCCGCACGCUCAGCCAGAUGACGGUCGACGAGGUCUGGCGCGACAUCAUGGGCUUCUGCGACGAGGAGCCGCCGGCGCCCCCCGCGCCGGCGCCGGCCCAGGCUCAGGCUCAGGCUCAGGCGGAGGCCCAGGCGCAGCGGCAGCAGACCCUGGGGCGGAUGACGCUGGAGGAGUUCCUGGUGCGCGCCGGCGUGGUGCGGGAGGACAUGGGGGGCCAGACCGUUGUCGUGCCGGCGCGGGCGCAGGCUCUGUUCCCUCAGGGCAAUGUGGUCGCGCCGGCCAUGCAGGUGGCGAACGGGGUGGUGCACGGAGUCGUCGGGCAGGGGCCUGGCGUGGCGAUGACGGUGGCGGCGCCGACGACGCCGGGCGUGCUGAACGGGUUCGGCAAGAUGGAGGGCGGGGAUCUCUCGUCGCUGUCGCCGGUGCCGUAUCCCUUCGACACCGUGACGAGGGCCAGGAAGGGGCCUACCGUCGAGAAGGUGGUCGAGAGGAGGCAGAGGCGCAUGAUCAAGAACCGGGAGUCCGCCGCCAGGUCCCGCCAGAGGAAGCAGGCUUAUAUAAUGGAGUUGGAAGCCGAGGUUGCAAAACUGAAGGAGAACAAUGAGGCAUUGCAGAAAAAACAGGUGGAAAUGCUACAGAAGCAAAAGGAUGAGGUUAUAGAGAGGAUCGAAAAGCAGCUUGGACCAAAGGCAAAGAGGUUUUGCUUGCGACGAACGCUGACCGGUCCGUGGUAGCCCGAAGCUCAAUACAACCUUGACAGCAGCUGGAGUAUCUGGCUUCCUUAGAUGAACAACCAGUGUACAUAUCAACCGAGGCCGGAGUCUCCAGCUGCCCCCGUAGACCCCCGCUUUCUUGCUGCUCCUGUGGCGAUCGUUCGGUUUAUUUAGUUGUUGGUUCCUGGGUGACAAUCUAAGUCCUAGGUCUCUCUAGCUUUGCCGUUUCCAAAAUGAACAAAAAGCAAAGUAUCUAAUCUGUUUAACUCCCUAUCUAUUCGCGUGUGGCGAGGUCGUCAUGCGUGCCGUUUUAUGCCGUUGCUGGACGCAGCUGUUCUGUAUGAUGUUGAGUCGUCAUGCCAAUUCCGUGAUAGCUGAGUGAUCACCACCGUAGUGGACCAGCGGUGGAGCCAUUUGGUUUCACUGACCUGACCGUGGUUUUAGUUUACGGUUGCCGUUUUCUGGAGUCUGGGCGAUGUCACAAUGCAUGAAACUCCUGGGUUUGAGUUUACAGUCCAGUUUCUGGGCGACGCUACUGCUCAGUGCGCACAGUGUCGCUGUUGUGAUGAUUGUGAGUCUGGACUGUUGCUUGAUGGUGUGCGUGCCGAAGAUUGCACGCUGUAGCCUGUAGCUCACCCUGCGCAUCCUUCUUUUGUGGUUGCAACAUUGAUGUUACUAGCUACUUUGCCGUGGAGGUCAGUUAAGGGCACGCACUCACGAACCACACCAGUUGGCCUGUGCUUGUGCUUUUAUUAUGAAGAAGAGGUGAUGGGCGGCGCCACCGGCUGGGCGGGGACUGGAGUUCGGUUGGAGCUGGGGGCGGCGAACGAUAGCCUGGUUGCGCUGUUAGAACGAAUACAAUAGAAAGAUGAUGUAAGCAGGCUAUAGGGAUUUAAAUAUUGCUCUCUCGUGAAGAAAUAUAAGAUCGUUUGAUCUAAACGCUCUUAUAUUUUUUUAGGGGAAAGUAUAUUUUUACUUCCUUGGAAGAGAGAGAAUUUUGUGGAAUCGUUAUGUGUUGCUGAAGAUAAUUGGGAUUCCUGACCCAUGACAUGAUUCUCAGUCUCCCGUCCUACACUAGCUUAGUUGCUUGCACGCCACUACAUGUAGCGCUUUUUCGCCAUGAUACCGUCAUCAAUCUAUCUAGUACUACGGAGGAAGACUGGCAGUGGUAGAGGAACCCAACGAACUGCUUCAAGCUCGGAGGGACUGUUCAGAGCUACACGAGUGUUUCUUUCAGAGCUCAAGAGCUGCGGCCGAAGCCGUGUUCAAUUUGCCAGCACCUCUCUAUCUCUCAGCUUAUGUUUACGAAACGCUCGAUUAAAGGCGAUUCUCAAGAAAAGAUACACGAGCUCAAGCAAAGGACUCGUAUGUGAUAUAUUUAUUUUGUUUUCUUAUUUUUAAUGUGUGCGAUACGUCUUAAUUAGCUCGUUACGUGUUAUAAAUUGGUCCAAACCAUGGUGAUUCACGUGUUCGCCAUUAUGCGGGAGGGUGUGGAACCAUGGUGACUUUGCCUCUUUAGUUUAGCGGGAGGGUUCAACCAUGGUCAUUCUGCAGCAGCAGCCAGUUCACCUUGGCCAGCACCAGCUGGUCAUCGUUGCAGUAGAAGCGUCGGCCUGAGCGCCGGAGGUCGUGCCCCAGGUGCAGGGAAAAGAAUUCUAUGAGACCAGGUCUCACGUGAGACCCAUCCUGAUGGAUGACACGUGGCAUUCACAAAUCACAAAGCAUCCCCCACCCUCCAUUUAAAAUCAGGGGGGGGGGGAGAGAUAUUAGAUACUUUGUGAUUUGUGAAUGACAUUUUAGUUAGUUUAACUUCAACAUGAAGUUCUGGACUUUACAGUUUAGAUCCGCUGGUUACAUUAAGUUAUCAUACAUUUUCCUUCUGAAUUUCUGAAAUGCUCUAAUGAGCUAUAUUAACUUUUGUUAUGCUUUUAAUAUGCAGGUGGAAAUGCUACAGAAGCAAAAGGAUGAGGUUAUAGAGAGGAUAGAAAAGCAGCUCGGACCAAAGGCAAAGAGAUUUUGCUUGCGACGAACUCUGACGGGUCCGUGGUAGCCCGAAGCUGAAUCCAACCUUGACAGCAGCUGGGACGUCUGGCUUUCUUAGAUGAACAACCAGUGUACAUACCAGUCGAAGCCGGAGCCUCCAGCUGCCCCCUAGACCACUGCCCCUGUGGCGGUCGUUCGGUUUAUUUAGUUGUUGGUUCCUGGGUGACAAUCUAAGUCCUAGGUCUCUCUAGCUUUGCCGUUUCCAAAAUGAACAAAAAGCAAAGUAUCUAAUCUGUUUAACUCCCUAUCUAUUCGCGUGUGGCGAGGUCGUCAUGCGUGCCGUUUUA